AUGUCCUUAAUGUGCUUCCAUUCUUCACAUGCUAGUAUAUGGCUUCACCAGUUCUUAAAGGCUAUGCGAGAUAAAGAAGGCAAUGUACUUAAGAAUGCUCAUAUACUCGGUUUCUUUCGACGAAUCUGUAAACUGCUAUUUUUCAACAUAAAACCUAUCUUUGUCUUUGAUGGAGGCGUGCCAGCGCUUAAACGCCGCACAGUGGCUGAACGCCGCCAACGGCGCGAAGGAGCAGCCAACAUUGUGCAAAAGACUGCUGAAAAGAUGCUAGCUUCCCAAUUGCGUUUAAGAGCUAUUCAGGAGGUUGAAGGGACAACAGACGGGAAGCAAAUCAUAGGACAUAUACCCGAUAAUGUUGUGUAUUACGAUGAGAUAAACUUAUCACCGCAUCAAAGAUAUAAACAAAAAAAGCAUGAUGAAUACGACUUACCCCCGAUGCAAGAAAGUUUUGAAUCGCUGUCAAAGAAAGAUGAUCUUCGAUUUGCAACAGAGGAUGAUCUUAGAAGAUAUAUUGAAGACUUUAAGACAGAAGACGUUGACAUUGACUCCGAACAUUUCCGAUCACUUCCAAUCGAAACACAAUACGAAAUCGUUAGCGAGCUACGGUUAAAAAGCCGCCGGACUUCUUGGCAUCGGUUGAAUAACAUGUUGCAGAUAGAAAAUCUCGUUCAUAGGAACUCACUUACACAGAAGCUGUUAGACGUUACUGGAUUAGGAUCUAAUUCGACGAAUGGAAAUCCUGUGAAAAUUGCUUCCGAACGAAAUAGAGAAUAUAUUUUGAUUAAGAAUACAAGCGAUAAAGGGGGUUGGACUAUUGGAAUAAAAGGAAGCAACGCGGCGGGCACAAAGGCCGAGCCAGUCGAAGUGGACACGAGUUCGGAUGAAAAAAGUGAUGAAUUGGAAGAAGUCGAACAAGCUGAAAAACGAACUAGUGAAGUUAUCGAAGUCAUCAGUGACGAUGACGAUGGUGACGUUGUAUUGUCAAAAGAGUUGGAUGAAGGCCCAUUGGGAGGUGAUGCCGCACUUGAGGAGACCGAAGAUGUCAUAAUGUAUGAUAGGGAAAAUCUCUUGUUGAAUCCCGUGGCAUAUGUUCAUGAAGAUGAAAGUAUUUCAUCGGUCAUGGCAAAGUUUGGACGAUUAGAACAAAACGACGAUACCCUUUCGCACACUCAGGCUCGUUCAAUCUUGCCUUCGAGUUCACCAGCACCACCAUUACCUGCACAAUGUCCUCAGACUAUGGCCCCUAAUAAAUUGGCUUGGUCUUCCGAAGGGCUUGAAUUGCCUAUAGAUACCUUUUAUGGCGUUUGGCUCUCGCGUGCACCAAACUCAUUCACUGCUGAAUAUCCUGAUCAUGAAAUACUAAUACAUGACGCAAUAUACAAAUGGAAUACGGAAGAGCUACAACGCGAGCUCAAUAAUGCCGUUAAAAAAUCGGGCAAAAUGAAGGAUGGAGAUUUUAAAACGUACGCAUUUUUAUAUUGGGAGUGUCUACUGAAAGCAAUAAUCGAGAGACGGAAGAUGGAAAAUUCAGUUAGUUUGGAAGGUGCUGAGAAAGAUACAGAAGCGAUGAUCGAAGCCAGUUCAUGGAAAGGCAAAGGUGUUGAUGUAGAUUCAGCCACUCAGACAAGUAAUGAUGGAGCUUCCAGAAUGAAGCCAAUAAUCCUUGAUGAAUCUGAUGAUGAUAUAAGAGAUUCGUCUUCCCUGUCACAAGGAAAGCCUUUGUUUUUAUCAAACGCUAUAGAUGUUACAUCUAUAGAAGAAUCUUCUGUACAAGAAAGUAUGUCAUCUGAUCAUAUCAUAGCUUCCGAUAGUCCGGCUACCAUAACAGAAAUAACGAGGACGUCUUUUGCAGAGAAUACUAGCGUUGCAGAUAGCUCUGAUGAUAGCGAUAUGGAAGAAGUCAUUAUCGAGAUACCACAAUCAACAACAUCCAUCAACGGAGUAUCCAUCGCGACUGUCGAAACUCCAAAUAUGGAAUCAUCCUUAACUCAUAACCUUUCAGUCAAAUCUCCCUUUUUCACAAAACAGGCUGUAUCCAAUAUAGACCCUGUCACCAAUAUAGACCCUGUCACCACUAUAUCACCCGCUUCUUCUUCCUCCGAAAAUGAAGGCGACCUCGACAAUUACGCCGCGUCAAAUGAUGAAGAGGACUCGAUACCUUCCCGGUUGAACGAAGAAAACACCGAAUUCGCACGAUUUAUAUCUGAAGUUAGAAAUAAAGACUUGGGUGCCGUCCAGCGGGAGCUAGACCAUGAAUUACAACAAUUGGACGAGAGGCGAAGAAGUGAGCGACGAGUUGCCGAUAGUAUCACGCAGACAAUGAUUGAUGACUGCCAACACUUACUUCGCCUGUUUGGCAUUCCGUACAUAGUGGCUCCGAUGGAAGCCGAAGCUCAGUGUGCUGAACUAUGUCGACUUUCGCUCGCGGACGCCAUCGUUAGUGAUGAUAGCGAUGUCUUUCUAUUCGGCGGUAGUCGUGUAUACAAGAACAUGUUCAACAAUCACAAAUAUGUCGAAUGCUACCUUGCUUCGGAUAUAGAGCGCGAGUUGCAUUUGGAUAGAAAGAGGUUGAUAGUAUUGGCGCUCUUACUAGGAAGUGAUUAUGCGGAAGGAUUACAAGGAGUUGGAGUGGUUACCGCCAUGGAAAUAUUAAACGAGUUCGAAGGAGAAGAUAUGCUAGUUAGUUUUAGAGACUGGUGGAUAGAGGUGCAGAACGGGAGAGAUAAAGGCGGGCCAAAGGAAAGUGACUUUAAGAGGAACUUCCGUAAGAAACAAAAGGAUCUCUUCCUAUCCACAGACUUUCCGGAUAGACGCGUAUUUGACGCGUAUAUGCGACCACAAGUAGAUGAUUCAGAAGCGCGCUUUGAAUGGGGGCUUCCAGAUCUCGAUUCUCUACGAGAGUUUCUUAUGCAAAAUCUUUCGUGGCCAGAAGACAAAGUAGACGCUACUGUCGUUCCAGUUAUCAAGAGCAUGACACUCCAAAAGGACGCAGCAGCGAAAAGGCGUCAGCUAACGAUCGACGCCUUUCUCUCUUCAACUGCUGUUGACACACCUACAACAAAGCGUAGGCGUGUUCAUCGUAGCAAGCGUAUACAACGAAUCAUCGACCGAUGGAACCAGAAAGCAAACAUGUCGUCCAGAAACAAUGAUGGCAGCGACAAUUCUCCCCAAGUUGUCAAAACCUCAUCAUCAUCUGAACUUUCGUCCGAUGCAGACAACAAUCUCGAUGUAGCAUCCGCGCGAGCACGGACUGGAAAGAAUACCAGGUCGAUAGGAAAGAUACGGAAACGGAAAAGGCGGUUGCAUGGAUAA